AUGGCCCAGACGCCCCGCAAGACGACUACCGUCAUCAAGAAGACCACCGCCGUCAAGGCUGUCGCCCAGCAACCUCUCGGCGGCGCAGGCGCACCUGCCGGCAAGCUUCCGCGCAAGAGGCCCGCCGUCAAGGCCGCCAAACCUCCGCCCAGGGUCAAGCGCGCUCAGCCGGCCAACCCGGCCAAGAAGCCGUUCCGGUACCGCCCCGGCGCCGGCGCGCUCAAGGAGAUCCGGCACUACCAGAAGUCGACCGACCUCCUCGUGCGCCGCCUGCCCUUUGCGCGCCUCGUGCGCGAGAUCGCGACCGAGUUCUUCGAGGACGAGGACGGCCAGGGCGUCGGCCUGCGGUGGCAGAGCUCGGCGCUGCUCGCGCUCCAGGAGGCGACCGAGGCGUACCUCGUGCACCUGUUCGAGGACUCGAACCUGUGCGCGCUGCACGCCAAGCGCGUCACCAUCAUGCAGCGCGACAUGCAGCUCGUGCGGCGCAUCCGCGGCGACUUUAUGUAG